GGUCCGCCCGACGUUUGGCCUCCUGGCCAAAGAAGCUCAAACUCAGGCCGCCGAUCGAUCGAUGUAGAUUUACCGUGGAUGGCCAGUCUUAGUGGACCUGAACGGCCUUCGAAGCGCCAGCCUUUGAUGACACCCAAAGGAGAUCGAAGUUCCAACUCACGAGCCCGACAGUCACCCGAGCAUCUCGUGUGGGUUGAUGGGGUCCCUUGGGACGAGAAUACAUUGCCCGCGCCUUUGAUGAUUAAAAUGGAAGGAUAUCCAAUUGAAUCUCAUCAGGUUAUGACGAAAGAUGGUUACACGCUGACCAUGCACCGAAUUCCCUUUGGGUCAGGACAUCGAUCCCCGAUGUCCACUACCUCGUUCAGCUCGUCCAGCACCUCCUAUUCCGCUACUUUCUCCUCCUCUUCACCAUCCUCAUCAAGGACUCCACGCUCCGGAAAUGUUGCUGUUGGAAACAGUUCCCAAUCCAACGGUCACGGAGUCCCGCUUCGAAUUCCUGUACUGGUCCAGCAUGGUGUCCUUUGUUCCUCGGCCGAUUGGGUGAUGGGUACACCUGAGCGAAGCUUGG